AGAUACGUGUCACCCAGUGUAUUCCAGAUUCCGUAUCACUCAUCACCUAUCGCCAGUAUUUGUCUUGCGCGUGUAUGCAAAAAGCUGGAGGUUUUUAUAUCAUAAUAUCUUAUACGAGAAUCGACAAAUAUGACGGCAUUAACAGUAUUACAUAAAUUUUGGAUGGAAUAUGCGAAAAAUACACCUAAGAAACUCAAAAUCAUCGAUGCGUACUUAUUGUACGUGUUUCUUACGGGUGUUAUUCAAUUUAUUUAUUGUUGUCUUGUCGGCACAUUUCCUUUCAACAGUUUUCUCAGUGGUUUCAUAUCCUGUGUGUCCUGCUUCAUUCUAGGAGUUUGUCUUCGAUUGCAAGUUAAUCCACAAAAUAAAAGUCAAUUUCACGGUAUAAGCCCAGAAAGAGGAUUUGCAGACUUUAUUUUUGCACAUAUUAUUCUACAUAUUGUUAUAAUGAAUUUUAUUGGGUGAAAGGUAUACAGAUAUGUUAUUAAAGCAAAUAAACAUAUUACUUAUUAUGUUAAAAAAUAAGUUGUAUUUCUGAUAAUUAUUCUGAUAUAUUAUCAUGUUUUUUUUGUAUUUGUGAUUAUAAUUCAUAAUUAUUUAAUAAAAUUAAUGAAAAUAA